AUGAAGGUCUUCUUAUGGUCAUUGUCUUUUGGAACUGUUUUGUCUACUUCGACGGCUGCCACUCCUACGACGACAGCUGAAAGUGCAGACGCGUUUACUACGAAUAUUAAUAUAAAUGUUCAACAACUAUGGGAUUUCUUUGUCGGUCCAGUAGAAACCGCAACAACCAAUACAACCGUCUCCGCGACUCCCGUUCCAACAUCUGAGCUCAUUCCUCCACCACCUCUCCAUUAUUCCCCCUUCCCAAGUGGUGCUCAGGUACCUUUAACCCAAAAGAAUGAGUCCUGGAAAUUUCCUUCGGGGUUUUGGUGGGGUGUAGCAUCUGCAGCCUACCAGAUCGAAGGAGCAGCUGCCGAUGAAGGCAGAGGUCCUAGUGUUUGGGAUGUGUUUACUCACAAUGCUGCUGCGACAGAGACCUUAUUUAAUGAUACAGGGGACGUUGGUGACAAUCAAUAUUAUUUGUAUAAACAAGAUAUUGCGAGAAUUGCAGCUCUCGGUGUUCCAUAUUAUUCAUUUUCCAUCUCUUGGUCUAGAAUUUUACCAUUUGGAAAGGGACCAGUCAAUGAACUAGCUCUACAGCAUUAUGAAGAUCUCAUUGAUACUUGUAUCGAAUACGGAGUUCAACCUGUCGUUACACUCUUUCAUUGGGAUACCCCUCUCUUUCUCCAAAACUCUUACGGCGGCUGGCUUUCUCCCAACAUCGUCGAAGAUUUCGUUGCCUACUCCAAAAUAUUAUAUUCUCGCUAUGGCAAAAAAGUCCCUCACUGGUUUACCGUGAACGAACCCAUCGAGUUCUGUGGGGAGUAUCCGUUCCCCUCUGGCUACUUCACCCCCACCACCAUCCCUUCAGAACAACAACGAUUCUAUUGCGGUCACCAUGCUCUUCUUGCACACGCUGAAUCCUACCAUCUCUUUAAAUCCCUGGGACUCAAUGGAACCCUAAGUUUCAAAAACAACGGCGGAUAUAAGAUUCCCCUCACAAAUUCCUCCGAAGAUGCCGUUGCCACACAACGAGCUUGGGAUUUCAACGAAGGCUGGUUUGCAAAUCCUGUGUACAUCAAUGGAGACUAUCCACCUUAUUUAAAGACAUAUCUGGAUACGAUUCCUCUCACAUUCAAUGAAAGUCAAAAGGCAUUGAUAAACGGCACUGCGGAUCUGUUCGCUCAUGAUGCGUAUACUUCUUCAUAUUACAUGGCUCCCGAUACGGGAAUUGACGCAUGUACUUCGAAUUCUUCGCAUUCCUUAUUCCCAGGCUGUUUCAAUUCUACGAAUGUAAAUGCAGACGGGUGGUUAAUUGGAGCGGCGGCAGAUCCGUUGGCAAGUUGGUUGCAUAUUGCCACAGAUUGGGUACCUACGUUUUUGAAAUAUAUUCAGGAUACUUGGCCUAGUAAGGGAGGAAUUGCUGUUUCUGAGUUUGGUUUCGCAGAGCCCUACGAAUAUCAAAAAACGCUCCUCUCUGAUAUUCGAACCGACACAAGAAGAACCCUCUAUUACAAACAAUACAUGGAAGCUAUCUUACUAUCCAUUAGCGAGGGAGUCAACGUUGUUGGCUGUUUAGCUUGGAGUAUCAUGGACAAUUUAGAGUGGAGUUCCGGAUAUCAUGUGAAGUUCGGAAUGCAAUAUGUGAAUUUCACAACUGGGGAACGAUAUUACAAAUCGAGUUUCUUCGAAUAUGUUAAUGCGUUCAAGUUGUAUGCGGAGGAUCCGGUGGUACCGGUUUAUGUUCAAUGA